AUGGCGACAUUUUUGUGCCGAGUGAAAGCAUUCGAUGAGGAGCGACAGGGGUGUCAUACGUCUACUACUGAUGUUCUAUCACAACCAUUUUCUGAUAAUCAAACACAUGUUGAAUUACCAUUAGGUCAUGAACACUUUUAUCGUCUUUAUGCAGAUGGUGUUCAAAAGUACCAAUGCUUAUACAAUGAUGUCACUGAACAAUAUAAUUGGGAAAUGGAUCACCCUUGA